CUUUAUUUACAAUCUAUACGUUUGUACAUGUGUUGUUUAUUCGGAUAAUAACGCAUCAAAACGGUGAACAGUGCGAUGAAUGUAAUAUGAACGGUCAUCAGUGCCAUUGCACUGACGAACUCAAUACUUAAACGAAAACAAUUAUAGAGGAAUGUCAGCGUACACCGUGUACGCCGUUUUUGCGGUGGCGGCGGCUGUGACUGUGACCGCAUUAAUACAACCGGACGAGGUCGGUCCCGAGGGGGUGUUCGAGCAAUCCGUUUCGGAGAUGAUGGACCACGACAAGGAAAUGACCAAGGACGUUGCGGAGAUGUUGGUGGCGGCCGAGUCGCUGGGUUGUGCGAAGGCGGAGGACGACGUGGACCCCGCCGCUGCGAAGGCUCAGACCGAGAAGCUCAAAAGGGCGCUGGCGGCCAUGGACGAAGUGCAGAGAACCGCGGCCGACGUGUUCGACCGGUGCUACGACGAUUUCCUGGACCUGUAUCCUGCGUGGCGCAUGUACCUGCUUUGCAAGGACCCCGAGCACAAGAAAGCCCUGUUCAAGACUUACAGGACGUUGUUGGGCCGAUACAAUACGGGCCGAAAGGCGCUCAUCCGGGACCUGGGAGUGCUCAUGGCCCUCGAGAAGGCACUGUUGCCGUCCAACGUGUACGCCGACCCCGACCACCGGAUCAAGCAGUCGGCCGACACGGCCGCGGUGCUCGACAACUUUUGACCCGGUCUCGUUUUGUUCUGAUUUUUUUUUUUUUUUUGUGUGUGUGUACCUAUAUACUAUAAAUUUGCAGUACUUCCGUCAUAAUCGAUGUACGCCAAUAAUUUACGUAACACUGUUAUGAUUUUAUGUAGACCCCGAACGUCGUGUGUAAACUGAUAUUGUAACAUUAUAUUAUGUAUACAUAAAUAUUGAGCGUAACAUAAUACUCAUCGCCGGUACUUAUCUAAUAAUAAUAUUAUAUUUAUAUUUAGCAGUACUAUGUAUAUGUAUAUAUAUGUAAUAUGUAUGUAUGGGA